AAAAGAAAAUACAAUAGGAGGGACACACGAAAUUCGAGAAGAUUCAAAUGCAUGUAUUGAUGUUAGAGAUAACUCGGACAUACAAACAAACUCAACGGAAGAAGACGUAGUAGAGAAUGAAAUGUUGACAACUCCAUAUAGUGUCACCGACAAAGAUGCACGUUGCUUACUUGCUUUAUUAAAGUCAGACAAAGCAAGCAACAACAAAGGUCAAUGGGAUGACAAAGAAGAAGAUCACAUUAAAGAAAGUAUGUCUAUGUCAAUGAAACUUAAAUGCAUGCGAGAUGUAGAGCUUAAAGUUCUUGUAAGGUACUUUAGAAAGACGCGAAACUUGACACUGAACGAAACGGCAACUAAAACUCGCAAAUUAGAAGAACUUUCAGGAAUGCUUGGACUAUCAAAGCCUGAAACGGAAAAAGGAUCUUCGAAAAGGUCUUCGAAAAAACAGUAUCACACCAAAUCAUUGCGUGAUUUAGCAGUCAAAGUACUAACAACUAAAGUUUCAAAGCAAGCAUUAAACUGUGCUUACGCAGAGAUCAUUUGGAACGAUCAGUAUAUCAAGUGGAAAUCUGAAGCUCCAGUUUUGGACAAAAUUAGUAUUAAUGAGACUGGCAUUUCUAGAGAAUGGUUCUACCACCCAGAGUUCAGUACAGCCAGAAAUCAGCUGGAAGUGAAGUGUAUCGAUGCCACACAUUUGCUUACACGAACAAGAAGGAAAUGUUGUAAAGGUGGUCUUGAUGGGUUAAGCAAUAGUGCUUGGAAAAGAGUUGCAAGAACGGGGAAAACAUUGCUGACUCCAAUCAUGGUGGAUGACAUUACAGAUCCUAUGUCAUCUGCGAUGGCUGCAACCCACUUCUCAGACAAAGUUGAAUCAGAAAUGCGUCAAAUGGGGGAGAUCGAAUCAGCAGAUUUAUGCAGAGACAUUCGAAUGUGGUGGGAGGCAGAGGACUGUUCGGGAAUCCCGGCGCUUGAAAGGUUCAGAAUGAGAGAGAGUCUUCGAAAACGUCUCUUGUCUCAUGUUGAGUUCUGCAAAUUUCCACCACCAACAAUGAACGUUGCAGGAUGGCCAAUACAGCUCUGGGAGGCACUACUGUCACAUAUCGAUGCCAAAACCAUGCUGUACGAACUUUGCCAUGGAGGCUGUUACAACGUUAGAGCGUUUAGUAGUCUAAUUGGAGAAACAUUUUUCUCUGAACUUGUUCUCCAUGACAAGACCGGAUGCGGCACUGUUUCUGCUGCCGAGUUUGGACGUUUCAUUGGAACAGCAACAGAGCAGCUGCAUAUGCGUCAAGACCCAGACAGGAAGUUUUUUUACCGUACUAGUCGCUCCCAUGUGUAUGGCUUGACUGGAUCAACUGAGAGCAGCACUGCACAGCCGACCAACAGUGACGGAUGCAAUACGCAACAGCAGAAUGACAUCAUUCGAAAAAUAAGAUUAAAGGACCACGAAUUUGACAUUCCAAAACGGAAGGAACCUAAACGAAAAUUUGACACCGUGUCAACAAGCAGAAACGCUCUCCAGAAGGGAACGUUGGGUGUCCGAUGGGAGAGGGCAAGACGAAAUGACAGCAAAAUGCUUCUAACAUCAAAAAUGGGAAUUGACAUUGACCCGUAAAAGGAAAUCAUAAUAUCAUACGACAGUUUGUAGUUCUUUAAAAGACAGCUGUCAUUUUUGAUAUUCGUUAACCAACGUUACCUAUAUUGAUUCCGUGUAAUGCUACUGAAUUUGAUUUUGUGUUGCUCUUUCUAUGUUUAUGCAUUGAGGAGCUACCAAUAUUGGGGCCGUAUAAUAUGCUGCCUAUAUUGACGCUGUGGGAUGCUUCAUUUAACGAGGCCUACCGGUAUAUUCAACAUUUUUGGGGGAUUUGAAACAACAACAGACAUAUUGGAUCUAACUUUAUUUUGUUUGCUGUUAUUUGUUUCAAGUUUUAAAAUUACAGUUUCUAAAAAAUGCCAUGUAUCUUGUAUCUUGUUAAUUAAAAAAAAGGUAUCUUUCUUUUAGUUGCAUAAUGAUAAAUAAUGUGGACCUAUAAGGAGAGAGGUAUCAUGAAGCAAAUAAAACAAUCGAUUCCUCUUA